AUGUUUGAAUCAAAGCAAGCCCAUCUUCAGUUCCUUGUAUUUUUGUUUCUUCUCUACUGGCACCAAAUACCAAUUGGAGCCCAAGUUGUUGGUCAAGAAGUAGAGUUUGAUUAUAGGAAUGGGAAUGAGAAGGGACCAGAACACUGGGGAGAGCUUAAGAAAGAAUGGGCAGCAUGCAAGUAUGGAAAAUUGCAAUCGCCAAUAGAUUUAUCAGAUGGCCGUGCCACCAAAGUGAUCCCAAGUUUAGAGGAUCUUCAAAUGAGUUACAAGCCCUGCAAUGCAACCAUGAAAAUAUAG